UCAAUGCAAGACUCGGCCUGCAUAAAUUAUGUUCAUGACGUAGUGCAAAAGACCAAUUUUCUGUUAAUUUUUGGAGACUUUUCCGCAGAUAACAGUUUUUCUCGAUUCAUUGGGCGCACCAAGUUCCCCUGCGCGACAGUUAACGGGGUACCUAUUACUAAAUAUUUAGUAAAGGACGGUCACCGCGUUGCCGAACCUCCUUAUCAAUGCAAAUCCCUCUUUUGUGUGCAGCCAUAGCGCCCGUCUGGAAGCUGUGAGAUGAAUUUUUAAUUAUGCAUGUCUAAAACAAACUGUGGCAAAGCUCGCCGAAGGAGGAGAAAUAGAAAUUUGACCGAAAUUACACGGGUGGUAUCGCGAGCAGGUUCUGCUUUCUUCUGUCAUCAUGCCAAACGUGUGAGCUCCUUGGGCAUCAACCUGAACCAUGGACUCGGAAGACCUCCCUGCAAACGACGCACCUCUCACUGUCAAUGAGCAGGUUAUUGUCAUGUCUGGCCAUGAGACCAUUCGCGUGCUAGAAGUGGAAGUGGACGCGGCUCUGUCCUCCUCGGGGGCUGAUGGGAAGUUGGGUGCUGGGGGAGAGGAGGUUGCGGACCCAACCCUGGAGCCAGCAGAGGGGCGCACUCAGGACAGUCCGGUAGCAUCCAGUACCGCUGCCUCUGUUUCUACUGAGGCUGUCCAGACUGUGGCUGCCCCGAUCAGUGUGUCUCUGCCUCAGCCCCAAACCACCAUGCCAAUCACUGUCCAGACAUGUCCACAGGUUCUGACCCAGGAUGGCCUGGCCACCCUGAUGACGGGCAUGAUGGCCCAGCAGGGCUCCCUGGGCCAGCCCCUCCUCAUCCCCAUCAGUAUGGCGGGCUCCGUGGGCGGGCAGAGCGGCCUGGCUGUUCUUACGUUUCCCGCCGCUACGGUGGCCACCCUCCCCGGUCUCGCAGCCGCAGGGCAGGCCGGAAGCCUGAUCAAACUGCCUUUUGCCGGCCUGCAGGCUGCCACAGUUCUGAACUCCGUCCAGCCCCAGCUGCAAACGCCUGCACAGACGCUCCUGCAGACGCAGGCGGCACCGGGCGGGGCUGCCCAGGUGCCCGCCACCCCGGCCUCGCACAAGGCCCCCGAGCCCAGCGUGUCCGUGGCUACACUCCAGACUGCAGGCCUCACCAUUAACCCUGCCAUCAUCAGUGCUGCUUCACUGGGGGCCCAACCGCAGUUCAUCAGCUCCCUGACCACAACUCCCAUAAUCACUAGUGCCAUGUCCAAUGUGGCAGGACUCACCAGUCAGAUCAUCACCAAUGCACAGGGACAGGUGAUCGGCACUUUGCCUGUGCUGGUGAACCCCGCCUCGCUGGCUGGAGCACCCACGGCUUCCGCGUUACCCGCGCAGGGUCUGCAGGUGCAGACCGUGUCGCCGCAGCUGCUGCUGAACUCGCAGGGCCAGAUCAUAGCCACCCUCGGCAACGGCCCAGCCGCCCCCACCUCUGCCCCCGGCGGCGGCGCCGCCGUCCUGCCCAAAGCCGCCGGGCCUCUCUCGCACACCAAAACCACCACGCAGGGACCCAUGGUGACGGUAGCCCAGACUCCAGUGGUGAUUGCUCCCCAGCCAUCGGCAGGGAAGACGACCUCUGCUGUUUCCACGGCGGUGCCUAUAGCCUGUGCAGAAAUGCCCACUGUGGGUCAGCUUGUCAGCAAACCACAGUCUGGUGUGUCUGAGGAAGAGGGCAUUAACCUGGAGGAGAUUCGGGAGUUUGCCAAAAACUUUAAAAUCAGAAGACUCUCCCUGGGACUGACCCAAACACAAGUGGGCCAGGCUCUCACAGCGACAGAGGGACCCGCCUACAGCCAGUCUGCUAUUUGCAGAUUCGAGAAGCUUGACAUCACACCUAAGAGUGCCCAGAAGCUGAAGCCCGUGCUGGAGCGCUGGCUGGCCGAGGCCGAGCUCUGGAACCAGAAGGGCCAGCAAAACCUGAUGGAGUUCGUGGGCGGCGAGCCGUCCAAGAAGCGAAAGCGCCGCACCAGCUUCACGCCACAGGCCAUUGAGGCCCUCAACACCUACUUUGAGAAGAACGCCCUCCCGACAGGCCAGGAGAUUACGGAGAUCGCCAAGGAGCUGAAUUAUGACCGGGAGGUGGUACGGGUGUGGUUCUGCAACCGUAGGCAGACGCUCAAGAACACCAGCAAGAUCAACGUGUUCCAGGUACAGUAAGGGCGACGGAGAGGCAGCGCAUGCAAUAGAGGAGUUGGGUGCAGGUGUGCCGGGGAAAAACCUGGGCUGGUUCUUUUGUAUUGCGAAGUGUUUUCAAGGCUGGUGCUCUAUGAGGAGAGUGCACGGUGGUGUUCACAGCCGAUGGACUUGGGUUGCUAUCGAAGCCGACGGGAUUGCAUAACUGGUCUUUGGUCGGGGGGAACAUGACCCUCAGUUUUCUGUAACAAUUUUUUUCUUACUCUGCAUGUGGUACUGUCAUUUUGAGCACUGAUUGCCAUUGAGAAACCAUUUUCUUGCUCACGUUUUGACUGUAAAUUUUGUUUAUUGAUGAUUGUAUGUGGGUGCCCUUUCAAAUACUCAUAUAAUUGAUAACUGAUGACCAUAUAAAGCAGUGAAAUGUAAAAGCCCUCUAUUUAGACAAUUUUUUUUUUUUUUAAUGGAUUUUGCCUACAUGCAAUAGAAUAGUGGCAAGACCCUUUUAUUUUAGCUGUGGUGAAAUCUUUUUGGUAAUAAUCCUCACAAUCUUUUACUUAUGCCACAGGUUUUGACAGUCUAGAACUAAGAUUGUGUAGGAGUGGAUUAGGCGCACCCCAGAAGCUGAGCUACACUUUCAGAUAUUUAAGUCUUAUGGUGAUGUAAUGUUUUAAACCAUUGUUCCCAUGUUUUUUCAGCUUUCUGGUAGCUCUGACAGUCCUCUCAUACGGUCAGUCUUCUGUAAGAAAGUCUGUCUUUUUACAGUGUGUGAGCAAUGUUAUGAUAAUGGACAAUCAUGGUAUUUGGAUCGGAGCGUAUGACCUCGAUUUUAGGUUGCAAAACUCACUGCAUUAUAAUUAGGCUUUCUUGUCUUUUUAUGAAGUUAAAUAGAUGCUCACCUAAGCACAUUAUGUCUAUUGUUUUAAAUAGAGAAUUUAGCAAGUUUUAAACAUAUUUAAGAUUGCAGUGGCUAACAUGACAUUUAAGUCUAUAUGGAUUACUCUUAACGUAACACAUGUAUGCCAAAAUAAUAGCUUUGAUAGGUAGAUCUCUAUUAAAGGAAAAGCUCUUUAUAUUGUGAAGGUCUGCCUCAGAUUAAAAACAUUGAGUAGUAAUGUAAAUAUGACGGAGCAUUGUUGAUCUAUUCCUCACAUGUUGGUCAUGUGGAGAGUGACUAGUUAAAGGACUGUUAGCUGAGCUUUCAGUUAUAUUACCAUAGUAACUCCAGUCAGUAUGACUUAUGCGUUUCAAAUUUACCACCCUCUUUCUCUCUGUUCUCGUUCCUGAUUAUUCGUUUAUUCAUGCCAACCCUUUGCCCAAAAGUCCAUGAAUAAUAUGGAGAAAAGUUUUCUUUGUUUUCCUUCUAAAAUGCAAUGUUUUCUGAAGCCUUAACGUGUGUGUGUGUGUGUGUGUGUGUGUGUGUGUGUGUGUGUGUG